AUGGUCUAUUCAACCCUGUGUGCGCCGUCGAGAACUAGCGUCAGCUACUUUUCUCCUUGCCAUGCAGGAUGCACUACCAUGGGCACGGAUGCAGAUCAGUGGAAAUCCUGUAGCUGCUCAUCAUUAUUCAACGCAACAAUUACAUCUGUACACAAGGGCUGGUGCGAAGUGCCAUGUCAAACCACUCAGAUUCUAUUUUUCACUUUGUUUGCUAUGUUGGCAGUCAGUGUGUUUGCUCUAGCUCCAAUGAUCCAGAGUGCCGCUAUGAGGGUUGUUUCAUUCGAUCACCGAGACGCUUUCAUCUGCUUCGGGUGGAUGUUCAUGAGGGUAUUUGGUUCCAUUCCUGGUGCAGUACUCUUCGGCGCUGUCAUAGACACAACAUGUAUGCAUUGGAGCACCAGCUGUGAUGGAUCUAUGAAAUGUGUUCUUUACAAUGCUGAAAACCUUGGCCACUACAUAUUCAUAUUCAGUGAGUAUUUCCAACCUAAUAAUAAAUUUAACAUAGUACAGGACUUCUUAAUGCUUUCAGCUAUUAUAACGAAAGUGAUUUGCUUCCUCUGUCUAUUUGUCGCUCUAAAGACCUACAUUCCUGUUGAACAUGAUGCAACUGAGCUGGAUAACAACGGAGGUGGAUCGCUGCCGCUAUCGCAAACACGAACCGUUUACGUGGUUGACUCUUCAAAGAGUACGGGUUCAUAG